UAGCCCGCGGCCGGCCGACGCGACGCACGUCCCGCUCCGCCGCAGACAGUCGCAUUCGCGCCGCAGACCAUCGCAGCCGUGUCAAGUGUCGUGCUCGUGAUGUUGUGAUACGUGAAGUUCCACUGUGUUUCCAUUGUUGAUAUCGUUCAAGUGUGUCACUAUCCGCCAUGAGUGAAGCGUCGCUGAAAGAAGAUCCUCUCUCGAGGAUACAGAGGGAGAUAAUUGAGGUGACGGAGAGGGAGCGCGAGUUCAAGGAGGGGCACUUCAGAAUGAACAGGCUUCUGUCGGAGUCCACCGUGGACGUGGCCAAGCAGAACGGGCACGUGAACGGCGACGCCACGGACAAGCCGCAGCGGACUCUGAGCCGCGCCGUCUCCACCUCGCAACUGCUGGGCCCUGUCACGCCCUCGCCGCCGCCGCCCACGCAAACGCUGCUCCACACGAAUGGCUAUACGCGCAGGUUCACCCCGCAGACGGGGACCAAGGGCAUCAUGCAGCGGUUCAUCGCCAGCAAGGGAAAACUGUCCGUGGGGACGUCCCCGGUGUCGCCCACCUCGCCCGUGGGCCUGGCGCCUCAGCCGAUACUCUCGCCGGCAGCGCUCGCGCCUAUCACGAUAGCGCCCGCCGCCAUCACGCGGACGCCCGAGGGUAAGCCCGUCCGCAAGGGGUACGUGCCCGUCGAGGAGAAAAUACAGAAGGAGCUCCAGGAGAUGAAGGACAGGGAGCACGAGCUGAAGAAGAUGAGGAGAAGGCAGAAGCCGUUCGACAUCGAGCUGAGCGAGAACGAGACGAGCUCGGAGUCGGAGGAGGAGGAGGGUGUUGUGCCGGGUCGGCUCAAAGCCGCAAGAUCCAUCGGCGAGCUGUACGCAGCGCUCGGCGACGAGGCGCGCUCGCCCUCGCCGCGCACCGGCUCCGGCCACGACUCGUUAGGUAGCCUUAAACCGGCUAAGUCGCUGGCCGAGCUGUGCGAGCUGGCGCCCGGCCAGGAGUUCCUGGCCCCGAGCUCGACGCGCCUCAUCGCGCAGUGGGAGUCCAUCAUCCAGCAGAAGCAGGAGGCAGGCGCCGCCUAGUGUGCCACGAGACGAUGCAUUAAGUUAAAUCGUGUGAUCUACUCGUUACGUAACACGUUAGGCUGUUCAAAUUGUAAGUGUCCGGUGUGCGCGUGACAUCGUUGUAAGAGCUCGGCCUCCCCGGGUGGUCUCCCACGAUUCGACCGCGGGUUGAUCGAUUUCCCCCGAGCCGCGAAUGAUGUAGAUGGAGGUUAUCAUAUCGACAAUUAUCUCUCGCGCGGUGGAAAGCAGCCGCCAUAUGAAUUCGUUUUCGAAGUGUGAGUAAAGUUGGCAAGUUUCUUUCUAUUGUUCGCGGCCGUCGGUUUCCGAAAGAGUUGUCGUUUUUGCGGCGGCGAUUUCCCGCGCACGGCGGCUGGCGGCGGCAGCGCUGCGGCGUCGGUAUUGUUCCCGCUUCCCGCGCGCCUCCGACACACCCGCGCCGUGAAACUGUAUCAUGUGUAAAAACCGACUAAUAACCAUUCAAAUCGCUGCUAGCUCUGUAUUGUCGUUUUAUUGUACUUAUAUAGAUUGCAUAGCGUUUCCGAACUCAACGACUACAAAAAACGUCCAAUACUUCACAUUUGCCUUUUAAUCGCAGCAUAUCAUGAUUAUUUUAUCAUAUGUUUUGUGAAGAUAUGUACUAUAAUGUUCAUAUAUUUUACUUGUUAUCGUUAAAAUGAACUAUGGAUAUAACAAAAAUAUUUUUAAA